GGUCCAGACAAGCCCCACGGGAAAAAGGCAGGCUGCUUACUGGAGGAAGGCGAGAACCUUCAAAGAGGUGCUCCUGGGUGUCUUUGAGACACUGAGCUAAGCCUUUGCGGCGAGAAGGCUCAUACGAAAGGCAAUGAACAGGGAAACAUUCUAAAGGCAGGGUUAGGCAGCGUAAACGCGGAACCCAGCAAGUUGGAAAAGCAACGUAUCUCCGCACGUGCGUGCGGAGUCUCCCGCCGCUCACUGCCUGCGCAAGCAUCGCCAGAACUCCCCCCUCUGCCCCCUUGUUGCCCAACCUUACGCAGCAGAUUCUGUCAGAUGAUGAAUCCAUGUACCAUGAAGAAACAGCCUCUGCAUCAGUUUGUCCAAAGACCACUUUUCUCACUGCCUGCAACCUUAUGUAACACAGUAAGAUACAUGUUUAUUCAAACACAAGAUACCCCAAAUCCCAACAGUUUAAAGUUUAUUCCGGGAAAACCAGUUCUUGAGACAAGGACCAUGGAUUUUCCCACGCCAGCUACAGCAUUUCGCUCUCCGCUGGCUAGACAGUUGUUUAGGAUUGAGGGAGUAAAAAGUGUCUUCUUUGGACCAGAUUUCAUUACUGUCACGAAGGAAAGUGAAGAAUUAGACUGGAAUUUACUGAAACCUGAUAUUUAUGCUACAAUUAUGGAUUUCUUUGCAUCUGGCUUACCUUUAGUUACUGAGGAAACAUCUUCAGGAGAAGCAGGAUCUGAAGACGAUGAUGAAGUUGUGGCAAUGAUUAAGGAAUUGUUAGAUACUAGAAUACGGCCAACUGUGCAGGAAGACGGAGGAGACGUGAUCUAUAAAGGCUUUGAGGAUGGCAUUGUACAGCUGAAACUCCAAGGUUCCUGUACCAGCUGCCCCAGUUCAAUCAUCACUCUGAAAAAUGGAAUUCAGAACAUGCUACAGUUUUAUAUUCCAGAAGUAGAAGGUGUAGAACAGGUUAUGGAUGAUGAAUCAGAUGAAAAGGAAGCAAACUCACCUUAAAAUAAUUUGAGUUUCCUUUGGGCCCAGCAGUCAGACUUGUUGGUAAUACGUACUAAGCUUUUAUUAUUAAUCUGCUGAGGAACUUGAAGAUUAAUAAAAUACAUGCUUUCUUCAGAGAA